AUGUUUGGAUUGAAAACAUUUCAGCAUUGCUAUUUCAAGAAAGUGCAACAUGCAGCAUUGGUAAUCCAAAAAUAUUUCCGCAAACAUAGAGCCGUAGCUGAAAAUGCUGCUGCAGCUGCUACAGCUACAAACAACAGCAACAACAGCAGGAACACGGACGACAGCAGCAACGAUGGUGAAGGAAAAAUGAACGAAGCUAAGGGGCAAAUCAAUGUUGCUCAGGAAGAAUUGGUAUUGAAAUUUUGCUCAAAUAGAACUGCUAAAAAAUUGGAUGUUAGCGAUUUGGUAGAACACAAGGAUACAAUGAUUUUAGGCUCAGUUGAAGAGAAAGCCGCACUGAUCAUCCAAAAUGCUUUUAGGUUUGUUUAA